UAUUCUCAUGCUGAACGAUAAACAGACGGAUAGGUUCACACUUUUAUAGUCUCUGGCAUGACUCGGCUGGCGUUUAAACCGAAGACCUUCCGCACUGGAAGCCAACGCUAUACCACAAGGCUACCAGUCAGUAGAGGCACACUGAAAUAAAGGACAUUGAGCUAUAUGAGAUAUUGCGUAAAACGUUCUUACAUAAAAGCUGUACAAACAUAAAGAUUCAGCUGCAAGGUCGAAUCGAAUAUAUACUUAUUACGAUGUCAAGUGACUAAGUAUAUCAUAAAAGAUUUCUACGCACCAUGUAUGAAAUACUGAUCUUUAUUUUACUAUCGGUACUAAAUCUCAAUCAGGCAUGCGUGGAUAUCCAUCCUAAAAUUUGCAAAGACUACGUUAGCAAUCCAAGAGUGAAUAUUUGCAAUUACCCGACCCACAAAAAAUGGAUGACAGAACAUUGUAAAAAAUCAUGCAAUUUGUGCCAUCUUUAUACCACGCUACCACCGACGACACUUCCACCACGUACAGUACCACCCAUGACUGGCUGUGGCAAAACAUUCAUUCCGAAAUCAAGAGUUAUUGCUGGCCAAGAUGCUGUUCCUGGAGCAUGGCCUUGGCAGGUUGCCCUGCACGCUAGUGGUAGGUUUAUGUGCGGUGGUUCUUUGGUUGCAGCAAAUUGGAUCGUCACCGCAGCUCACUGUGUUGUAGGAAGGCAAGCUAGACAUUUUACUGUGGUUUUGGGUCUUCACAAUCGUUCACACAAAGCUUUACCUGACGAUACCUACCAAGUCACCAGAGUAAUUGUACAUAGCGGAUAUCGUUAUAAAUCAAACGAUAUCGCUGUCUUAAAGUUGAAAAGACCGGUCAUGAUGAAAAACAACAUACAAAGGGUUUGUCUACCGGAACAAGAUCAACCACCUGUGGACGGAACAACGUGUUACAUAACAGGUUGGGGCAAAACAAAACACCCGGGAGGUGCAUCAACAAUAUUGCAACAAGCUCCAUUAAAUACUGUUAAUGAAACUGCUUGCAAAAAACUCAAUGAAAGGCUGGGAAUACGAAUUACUGAUUCUAUGUUAUGCGCUGGAAAUCAAAUAAGCAAAAAGAGUGGUUGCCAUGGCGAUUCUGGUGGUCCGUUUGUUUGUCAGGCGCAGGACGGCCGUUGGUUUUUGCAUGGCGUUGUGAGUUGGGGAUCACCACAAUGUAAAUCAAAACAUAGUUAUUCUGUGUUUGCGAAAGUAUCAAAAUUGAGGUCUUGGUUAGAUCUAUUUAUUUGGCAAUGAUAACUCAUGAAAAAAUAUACUGUAAAAUUAAAA